GGUUUAAUGUGGAAAUCAUCCUCUCUGAGCUCCAUGGCAAACUCUGCAUGCGUGCUGCUGUCCGGCUCCGGGAUGCUGCCUCAUUCGCUGCACGCGCCGCCUGCCUUCCUCUACUUGUCCGAGGGUAAUCAGGAGGCCAGCAAUCCGGCGGACGCGAUGGCCCAGACUUACACCCCGCAGUUCGCUCAUCCCCCGCAGAACGGCAUCCCCGCCGAUUUCACCGCGAUUCCCAUGCAAGACUACACAGGACAGAACCGCGUCCCGGAUCACAGCCUGACGCUCUACACGCCGGCACAGACUCACAGCGAUCUGAUCAACGCCGACAGCAACACGCCAGCCAUCAGCAGCAGCAGCAACACAGCACCGACGGAAGACGUGACGCAAACAGAAGUUUCCCAGCAGGUGCUGCAUUCAGAGUCCACGGAAAAACAGCAGCCCAAACGGUUGCACGUCUCCAACAUCCCCUUCCGCUUCCGCGACCCAGAUUUACGGCAAAUGUUUGGGCAAUUUGGGAAGAUCUUAGAUGUGGAGAUUAUCUUUAAUGAAAGAGGAUCAAAGGGCUUUGGCUUUGUAACUUUUGAAACGAGCACAGACGCAGAUCGUGCACGGGAGAAACUAAACGGUACAAUCGUAGAAGGACGUAAAAUCGAGGUGAACAACGCCACGGCGAGAGUGAUGACGAAUAAGAAAGUAGUAAACCCGUACACAAACAGCUGGAAACUCAAUCCGGUGGUAGGAGCCGUUUACGGACCUGAGCUCUACGCAGUGACGGGCUUCCCGUAUCCCACGGCAGGAACCACGGUGGCGUACAGAGGCGCUCAUUUACGAGGCAGAGGUCGUGCCGUUUACAACACCUUCCGUACGGCUCCUCCUCCUCCACCCAUCCCGGCCUACGGCACGGUGUUGUAUCAGGACGGAUUCUACGGCGCGGAGAUCUACGGUGGAUAUGCAGCAUACAGAUAUACUCAGCCUGCAACAGCUACAGCGUACAGCGACAGUUAUGGGAGAGUCUAUGCAACUACUGACCCAUAUCACCACAGCAUCGGCCCGGCAGCUACUUACAGCGUGGGGACCAUGGCGAGCCUGUACAGAGGAGGCUACAGCCGCUUCACGCCCUACUAGAGAGACUAAACCACUGAUUAGGCAAACUAACACACAAAACCGCUAGACUCAUUCUGCUACAUGGAGUGCGAUUUCAAACUAAAAUGCUUCCAGGUCACCCUAUGACCUCAUCCCGACAACAUUC